GGGCCUUUCCGGCUACCAUCCACAUACCACAAUACAACUGAGUUUUCUACAGCUCAAUUGUCUACUGUCACUAAUUUACGCCAAGCAAUCUACUUCUGCUGAACAAGCUAUUAUGAAGAUGAAGAUCCGCACCAGGGCUCGUAUCUCAAGCCUUACCCUGGCCAAGGGAGUGAGUUUUGGGAAGAAGCGGGACAAUUCGAACAAUUGCAAGAUUCGGACCAACUAUGGAAUGAUCGAAGGGCGCCGAUAUACUACUGUUGAUGGAUUCCAAAUGGAUGCGUUUUUGGGAGUGCCGUAUGCCCAACCGCCGGUGGGAGAGUUGAGGUUCAAGAAACCGCAACGUCUUGAACCAUGGGAUGGCGUACGAAAAUGCAAACAGUUCGGCAAUCGUUCGGUACAAAAUGAUAUGAUUUGGGACAAAUUUACAAUCAAUACACCGCAAGGCGAGGACUGCUUGUACCUGAACGUUUUUGCGCCGGCAAUCGAACCGGAUAAGAGCUAUCCGGUAAUGUUCUACAUUCAUGGAGGUGGUUUUUUGAUGGAUUCUGCUGUACGGUAUACGCCCGAGAAGAUGUCACGGCUCCUGGUAAGGCAUGGCGUGGUCGUUGUAACCAUCCAGUAUCGCCUGGGAUUUCUCGGUUAUUUUUGUACCGGUGAUGACGUCGCCAAGGGGAACUACGGAUUAUGGGAUCAGUAUGAGGCUCUGAAAUGGACCAAAGAGAAUAUUCACCAUUUUGGCGGCGAUCCUAAUAGGAUCACUGUCGCCGGCCAAAGCGCAGGAGCCGUGUCGGCUGAUCUGCUCUCGCUCUCUCCACUUUCUCGAGACAUGUUCCAACGAAAGAUCGUGAUGGGUGGAAGUACAUUUUGCUAUUGGUCCACGACCACAAAAGAAAAAUGUGCCGACUAUUGUCGACGAAAAGCGUUAAAACUGGGUUGGAGACCAAAGGAAGGCGGUUACGAAAAUCACGAAGAAGAAAGCAAAGACAUGCUGAGGUUCAUGAGAACUGUGCCAGCACACAGACUCGCGCUACACAUGAUUGGAAAUCGAGUAUUCUUCACUGAAGCUCGGCUACCCCUUACUCCCAUCGUUGAUGGCGAAAUCCUCCCCAAGCCAAUUCCUGAACUCCGCGCUGAAGCCCCAGUAAUGGAGUCGAUUUGCGGAGUUGGUCAACAGGAAUCGCUGCUUUUCUGUGCACUUGGAGCGAUUAAAGGCACGGGAAAGGACAUGGAUAAGGUGGUGCACGAAUUGGCCCGGCAAUCAGGGCUGAGCAUUGUGGAGGUGGAGAAUAUCAUGGGAAAACUUUACGGAGAUUUGGAUGUCUUACGAAAGGAUAGAAAGGCUAUGCAGGAGGCUUAUGUUACGUGCACCUCCGAUAUAUUCUCCAACUAUGGCUGCUAUAAGUAUCUCCAACACAGCCAACAACACAAUAAAUCCACAUUCGCCUACUACUUCACUUAUACAAGCAAACCCAUGUGGGGAUGGUUGAUGGCUACUGCUCCAUUCUUGUCCGGGACUCAUAGCUCGGAUAUCAUCUACUUGUUUGACUGUAACUACUACUCAUCACCAUUCCCAAUGAGCAAACCGGAUAGGAAGGUUGCUGAAAUGACCAGUGCUGCAUUUAUGGCAUUUGUGAAAAAUGGAAAUCCAAAUAAUGCCGAAGCACCGUUCAAAUGGGAAGAAGUGUCAAAGGAGGGCGAAAUGAAAAUGUUGGACUUUUGCGAGAGGCCGACGAUGAUUGAUCAGAUUUUCAACAAUCGAAUGCAACGGCUCCAAGAUCUUCUCAAGCAACUGACUCCACGUAAACACCAAGCUCCGUAAGCGCUUCAAACUCAGCAGCUUCUUCCCUUCAAAAUUUCCUCUAAUCUGGAUAUGAAACUCACAGCUGGAAGCUGCUCGGAUGCUCAGACUUCGCUCCUCGCCUGAAGUCAAAACUAGGAUUGUUAUUUUUUGUUCAUUGUUGCCUACUACACAACUGUGAUUUUGUCUGCAAUUUCACAUUCCACUUCUCAAAAUGGCUCUGAGCCAUUUGAGCAUACUAAUUCUUGUACAUUCCUUCUAAUCCGUGUCAGACAUAUUCUGGUCUUCACUGUAAAAUAC